AUGGAGAAAGGAAAAACACUCAAAAUGCUAUUAGUUGGCGAAUCGUCUGUUGGAAAAACGUCACUGACCCAACGAUACAUUUCAAACACAUUUGAUGACAUCUUUUUAGCGUCCGUUGGAGUUGAUUUCAAGUUCAAAGAGGUGACCUACAACAACGAACCUUUAAGAGUCCAGUUAUGGGAUACAGCUGGUCAAGAGCGAUUUCGGAGUAUUGGGAAGUCAUAUUAUAGAAACGCGGAUGUUGCACUUGUUGUCUUUGAUUUGAACAACUUCUUGACCUUCCAAAAAGCAAGUUAUUGGUUAGAUGAGAUUCGUAGUGAAGGAUAUGAAAACACGGUUGUAAUAGUCGGGAACAAAAAUGACUUAGAAAGUAAAGUAGAGGAUGACCAAAUCACAAAAGCAUUUCCAGACGUCUUGUACGUGAAGGUCUCCGCAAAGACGGGAAACAACGUGGAGUUCUUGUUUGACUCGAUCGUCAAAUUAACUAUGCAAAAAGUCGAGAAUGAAAAAAUUAAAGAGGACACACAACAAAAGGAACAAGUCAUUAUCAACUUCCCUAAAGAACCACAACAAAACAAGUCUUCAUGUUGUUAA